AUGUCGUCCAACGAGAGCUCUGAAACCCAGUACAGGUCAGAGGUCAGAGGAUCCAACUCCACCUGCUGCCAUAAGGAGCUGUCUGUCACUGCAUCCGUCAUCUCCAUGACGGUGGGCAUCUUCUCCAACAGCUUCGCCCUCUUCAUCCUGAUCAAAUCCUACAGUCGCCACCGCGUCAAGUCCAAGGCGUCCUUCCUGCUGUUUGCCAGCAGCCUGGUGACCACUGACCUGCUGGGUCACCUCAUCAAUGGCUCUCUGGUGCUGCAUGUCUACCGCUUUCACAGGAAGUGGGACACUUUUGACCCGCAUGGCAUCGUCUGCAACAUCUUCGGGGUGUGCAUGGUGUUCUACGGUCUGAGCCCCUUGCUUCUCUCGAGUGCAAUGGCUGUGGAGCGCUUCAUCGGCGUAACCAAGCCCAUCUUCCACUCAGCAGUCUUGUCCUCGCACCUCAUGAAAAGGCUGCUUGGUUUCACCUGGCUGCUCGCCGCCCUGGUGGCGUUGCUGCCUGUGCUGCUGUGGAGACCCUAUGAGGUUCAGAGGUCCAGGAGCUGGUGCUUCUUCCACAUGGAGCAGCCCAGAGACUGGCUGGAUGUGCUGCUGCCUCUAAUCUUCUCCGUUCUGGGUCUGCUGGCUCUGCUAAUCUCCAUUGUGUGCAACACGCUGGCAAGCUGUGCCCUGCUGCACGGCAGGCUGCGCCACAAACACGGUUGCAGAGGCACGUCCUAUCACUUGGAGAUGAUCUGCCAGCUGCUGGCUAUCAUGCUGGUGUCCUGCGUGUGCUGGGGGCCAUUACUGGUCCAUGUGAUAAUUCUCAGCACCAGAGCUAAAGAUGAACCGUCCAGUUUCAAUCUGCUGACAACGGUACGGAUGGCCACAUGGAACCAGAUCUUGGACCCCUGGGUCUACAUCCUUCUGAGGAAGGCCGUCCUGAGGAAAAUCUUCAUGUUGUUUCACAGCUGCUGGGGUUCAAAGCUUCCCACCUUCCACCGCUGGCAGCGCAGCACGCUCGGCAGCUCGGGGGAGCCGAGCAAAUCUUACUGCAUCCGCUACAGUAGACAGCCCCUGCCAGACACUGCCGUCCAAUCCAUCACCUGA